CGGACCGGGCGGCGCGGCGCGUGGCGUCACGCGCGGCGGCGAUGACGUGCCGGGGGCGCCGGGCGCGCGCGCGGCGGGGCUCGGCAUGAGGACUUUAUGGAGAUUUGGAUACUCUGCCAGACUACUGAAAACUAAUCAUUUUAGGACAGCUGCAUCAAAUACAUCAUUUCCAGCAGUUUGGAUGCUGUUGGCACAAUAUUCUGGCAGAAUACCUGGUCUCUUUGUAGUAGUAAAAAAAAACAGGUUUUCCACAAUGCCUGAAAGUGGGGAGGAUAAAACUGAUCUAGAGCUGUAUUCACCACGUCCCGAGGUGCGUGGGAUGACACGACUUGACAGAGGAGCCUUUAAAAGGACAGUUGUUGUUCCAGUUCUGAAAGUGAAGAAAGAAAUUGUAAAUACUUUGCUAAAGUCCCUAAAACGCACGGUGCUGCAGCGUCCUGGCCUGAAGCGAGUGGUUGAGGAUCCAGAAGAUGAGGCCCAUAGACUUGUUAUUUUGGAUCCUCAUAAAAUACCAGAAUUCUCAUUGGGAGAAUCGGAGCAAGAGGUAUUGAAACAGCUUGAUGUUUGCCCUGAGGUGUCCAAGUAUGAGUUGGAGCUGACUUAUGAGAACUUCAAGUCGGAGGAGAUCCUACGAGCAGUCCUUCCUGAAGGUCAAGAUGUCACCUCUGGAUUUAGCCGUGUUGGUCACAUAGCUCAUCUGAACCUUAGAGAUCAUCAGCUGCCCUACAGGCAUUUGAUUGGCCAGGUUAUAAUUGACAAGAAUCCAGGGAUCACCUGUGUAGUGAAUAAAACCAACAUUAUUGACAGCACAUACAGAAAUUUUCAAAUGGAAGUGCUUGCUGGAGAGAGCAACCUGGUCACCAAGGUCAAAGAAAAUAAUAUUGCAUAUGAAUUGGACUUCUCUAAAGUCUACUGGAACCCACGUCUUUCCACAGAACACGGCCGUAUCGUUGAGCUUCUAAAGCCUGGUGAUGUCCUCUUUGAUGUCUUUGCUGGGAUUGGACCUUUUGCUAUUCCAGCAGCAAAGAAAAAGUGCCACGUGUUUGCCAAUGAUCUCAAUCCUGAAUCCUACACCUGGCUCCUCCACAACUGCAAACUAAAUAAAGUAGAGAAGGAGGUAAAAGCCUUCAAUAUGGAUGGCAGGGACUUCCUCCUGGGGCCUGUAAGAGAAGAACUAAGUAAAAAGCUCCCACUUCUAAAAGAGGAGCAGAAGAUCUCUUUUCAUAUAGUCAUGAAUUUGCCAGCAUUGGCCAUUGAAUUUCUAGAUGUUUUCAGACACCUGUUGGUGGGGGAGCCGUGCAGCACUGCUGGCCUUCCCACCCUGCACUGCUAUGGCUUCUCCAAGCACGAGGACCCAGCCAAAGAUAUUCAAGAACGAGCUGAGGCUGCACUGGGAACCUCCUUGGAUGGACGCUGCUCUACCUACCUGGUGAGAAACGUUGCCCCCAACAAGGAGAUGCUCUGCAUCAGUUUCCAGGUUCCAGCUGAUGUGCUGUACAAGAGGCCCUGCCCUGAUGCAGCAAAACCAGCCUCUAAACGUCUGUGCACCAGCAAGGAUUUUUCUGAAGAAGAGUUACCCAGCUGAAGACUGGAGUUACCUUGUGAGUUACAAGAUACACCCAGGCAUACCUAGGUUACCUCUAGUUUCCCCUUUGAAUUAUUUGAAGCAAACCUCUGUGACCCAGCUCAGGUGCUGAGAUGCAUAAGGGACGUUGCAGCUUUCCUCUGUGAGCCUUGCUCCCUGCACUUACCUUUCCUUUUAACUGUGGGAUCAAUAAGCAGAUUGAAAUUGUUGUUGUUACCAAAAAAUAAACCUUUGGGUUUUUUUCUAAUAAA